AUAAAAAUUUAAUUCGAACGUUGAGCCAUUAUAAAUUGUGUUAAAUCAGUUGAACGGUGUCUUAUACGUUGUCCGAAUUUUAUAGUGAAAUUUUUUUGUUGUUAAAAGACAAAUUUAAAGUGGAAAUGGUUCAAGAAUAAGAAUUUGAAUAAUUUAUGACGAAAAAAAAGCUCCCGAAAUUCGCAAAUCAAACCAUUCCCCAGCGAAUAAAAAUAUAAAUUCCAGUGAUUAUUUCCAUUCAUCGUCUAUACGCCCGUUUCUAGUGAUGAUUGUUUACUAAAAUGUCAGAAAUUGAUGUUGUCGGACAGUCCCUUGGACCAUUCGGUAAGUGGCAGUUGAGAUCAACGCUACUUAUUUACUUGGUUAAAAUUCCAGCUGCUUGGUUUAUGGCUUGCUUGAUUUUCACAGCCAGAACUCCCACAUCCGAGGAAAUUUAUUGCAAGCCCUCAUAUGAAGUGAAGAACAUUACAGCGUGGAUUGAAGCAGCUCAUCGAAAGCGAUUUAACAAUAUCGAAAAUGAAGAGUCCAUCAACUUUUGUCUGGUUAAGAAAAACGUCACCGAUGAAAUCGAAAUUAAUUCUGAAAACGUUACGCACACAUUUGUGGAAUGUGCUGGCUUCGAACACCGUCCAACGUUUAACUCGAUAAUUCAUGAGUACGGACUGAUUUGUUCGAGAGAAGCGCUAGUAGCUCUUAGUCAGUCCGUUCAUUUGUUUGGAGUUCUUCUUGGAGGACUAAUAGCGUAUUACAUGCUGAAAAGCAUUAGCCCUCGAAGGGUCAUGGUAAUCGGAAUGAUUGCACAAAUAUUUCUGGGCCCUUUGACAGGAUUCGCCCCGAAUUAUGAGCUUCAUUUACUGUUCCGUUGUAGUGCUGCUGCAACUUGUUCCAUGAUGUGCAUCGGUAUCAUGAUCGUGGCAGACAUAACGUCCGGCAAGUAUCGAAUCAUUGGCGUCUGUUUGUUCGAACAAUUUUGGUCGAUUGGAGUCAUUUUACUGCCGGCUGUGUCCAGCUGGUGGUCCUUAUGGAGCACAACAUAUAUCGCAAUUACAAUACCGACUGUACCGUUGAUAAUGCUUUGGUAUUACAUUCCCGACUCACCGAGAUGGCUGCUAAAACACGGAAGAGUUGACGAAGCGUUGCAAGUUUUAAAAGAUGCAGCAAGGGUCAACGGAAAAACCGAUUUCUCCGAAGAUGACAUGUACAAAAAGCUAGCCGAAUUAGCCGAGCGUAUGCGCUACGAUCCACCUGAGCCAACGUUACUAUCCAUUUGGAAGGUGCCCGCGAAGAUAAGACUAAGAUUUGUCGUUGCACACAUUGGAUGGUCGGUGUACCUGAUGUGCUACUAUGCCUCACUUUUAAAUGUUCGAGCGAUGGGUCGAAGAUACUUACAGGUCAAUACAGUUCUUGCUGGCGUCAGUGAAAUUGUGGGCACAUUCAUCGCACUGUUCUUGAUUCUGAAAACGGGUAGAAAGUGGACCUACAUGAGCCAACUAAAUAUUGCACUGUCGUUGAUUGCUUAUUCAGCAAACUAUUUGCCACACAACUAUCCACCGUUGGAACGAACAAUAGUUUACAUGGCAGCCGCAAUGCUGUUUAAAGUAGCGAUCUCGACUAGCAUAAACAUGUUCCUUACCUCAAUGGCUGAAAUUGUGCAGCCGGAUAAAAGGAAAAUGUUCAAUCACUCUGGGGUCACAUGCUCCAGGACAUUUGUGAUCAUUGCCCCAUUCAUCGGUUAUUUUGUCGUUUACGGACAAUUUGUGCCCCAAACUAUCAUGUGUGUGAUGAGUAUUUGCAGCUCUUUGCUCAUAGCCAUUUUCAUCAAGACACCUCGUACCAUACCCAUUAAUGUCAAAACAACCGUUCCGUUGGACGAGAAGCAGGUUAUUGAAUCUUUUAUUAAGAAAUAAAGCGAAAAUUGUUAAGUUUUA